UCUAUAUGAUAAAUCUGUGCAUUUUCAGGUGCUGAGCUAGCACUGCAACACAAGUAACACAAGCUGCGAGACCUGAGGCUCCUGUUUACAAAUUCCUUUGGAACUAAAAUGCUGGGUAAGCUGUCAUCCACCCUGCAGCGCUACAUAUCAGCAACUUCCUGCAGAUCUGAUGUACUGUUUAAAAUUCACCCCACAGUCUGUGAGGCUUUAGCUGAGCACUGGCCUGUCGUAGCUCUGGAGAGCACCAUCAUCACACAUGGAAUGCCAUACCCUCAGAACUUGAGCACAGCCAAAGAGGUGGAGGAGAUUGUCAAAGCUGAGGGGGUAAUCCCAGCCACGGUGGCUGUUUUAGAGGGAAAGGUGCAUGUAGGCUUAUCUUCAGAUGAACUUGACUUCCUGGCCAGCAGUAAAACGACGCUUAAGGUGUCCAGGAGAGAUUUGCCUUAUGUUAUCAGCAAGGGUUUGUCUGGAGGGACUACUGUUUCAGGUACGAUGAUUGCAGCUCACAAAGCGGGAAUUUCUGUUUUUGUGACUGGAGGUAUCGGAGGAGUACACAGAGAUGGAGAAAAUACCCUGGAUGUAAGUGCAGAUCUGACUGAACUUGGCCGCACUCCGAUCGCUGUGGUGUCUGCUGGGAUAAAGUCCAUCCUGGACAUUGGCCGCACCCUGGAGUUCUUGGAAACUCAAGGGGUCUGUGUAGCUACGUAUGGUGAGUCAAAGAGUUUCCCAGCUUUCUUUUCUCAAAAAAGUGGAUACACAUCACCUUACAAUGUCCUCAAUUCUGAAGAAGCUGCUGAGCUUAUUGUGUCUACACACUCUCUGGGGCUUCAGAGUGGAGUCCUGCUUGCUGUGCCUAUUCCAGAUGAACAUGCUGCUGCUGGACAGCAGAUAGAAGAUGCCAUACAAGCUGCUGUGAAGGAAGCCAGGCUGAAAGGGAUCAGAGGAAGAGAUGUGACCCCCUUCAUCCUGCACAGAGUCAAUGAGCUCACUGAGGGACAGUCUCUCCGAGCCAACAUAGCUCUAAUUCAUAAUAAUGCUCUUGUGGGCAGUCAGAUAGCACGAGCCCUUGCUGAGCGCAUGCAUCAUCCACAAGGAGGCUGUGGGAGCCACAAGGAUGAAAAAGAGGCCCCAAAACCUAAAACUAUUAUUGUUGGAGGUGUAAAUGUUGACUUCAUCGCGAAAGGAGCAAGUAAGAAGUUAUUGUUUGGACAAACAAACCCUGGAAGUGUCUGUCAGUCCUUUGGUGGAGUGGGCAGGAAUAUUGCAGACUGUUUGAGUAGACUGGAUCAAAAGCCUCUGUUCAUCUCAGCCAUUGGAAAAGAUUCUCAUAGUGAUGCUGUGCUCAACUACUGUAAACAUAUGGACACUCGUGCAGUUGCAAGAUUGCAGGGUCAGCGAACGGCCACCUACUGUGCUGUCAUUACAGAGACUGGAGAGCUGAGUCUAGGACUUGGGGACAUGGACAUCCACCAGGAAAUCAAGGAGCAGUAUGUUUCUCAGUAUGAGGACCAGCUCUCCUCUGCAUCUCUUGUGGUCCUUGAUGGCAACAUUCCUGUUUCUACUAUAAAUUACAUAUGCAGCCUUGCCAAAAAACAUUCAGUUCCAGUAUGGUAUGAGCCCACGGAUGCUGAUAAGGCCUGUAAGCCUUUUGUUUCAGAAAGCUGGAAGGCACUCUCUUAUACAUCUCCCAAUCUGGCUGAGCUGUGCACCAUGAACAAGACUCUCUGUUUACCUACUCCAAAGGUCUUACCAAGUUCUCUGGAGGAUGUUUUGGGGUGUGCAGCAGCUCUUUCCCGCCCCCUGCUGGAGCACUUGCAUUGUGUGGUAGUGACACUGGGUGCACUGGGAGUGUUGGUCUGUGGAGAACAUGAGGCUGGAACAGUCAGUCUGCGACCCCGAAAGCACAAACGGAAAGGAAGACUGUGUGCUGUGUAUUACCCGGCACUGUCAGUACGUUCUGAAGAAACGGUCAACGUCUCUGGAGCAGGAGACAGUCUUGCAGGUGCAGUGAUGGCAGGGAUCCUACAAGGGAAAGACACGGACACCAGUGUGCGAAUGGGCCUCCUGGCAGCACGUCUAUCUUUAUUCUCUCCUCACCCCAUCGCUCCAUCUUUGACCGCAGAGGCCAUCCUCCCGGGCAGGGUACGCCCACAACCCUGGCCCAAACCUACCUGCAUGUGGAUGGAGUCAUAAUAAACUAGCUUUUAUUUUUCAAUAAAAUCACAAUAUACCCACAUAGGGCAAAUUUGAAAUACUCUAUAAUCAUACUAAAUGAUUUCAGUCUUAAUUUAUGAUGGUACCUUGGCAACAAAACCAGUUAGAACGACUGUUUUUUGUUUGUUUUUUUCACUUGUAUGUACAAUUGAAUAAGUACACCUAUGACAGUUCAUUGGAGAUGGAGAGCUGUUUUCCAAAACUACCUCAUUCCUCACUUGCAGCUCAUAGAGCAAGUUUGAGGCGUUCAACUAGAUGCAACUUACACUAGUCACUUAUAACCUGGUGUGUAGUGUAUGGGAAAUUGCCACAGCUUUCCUAAUGACUUACCUGAUGUUUGUCACCUUCCCCUGCACAGAGAAAAAUGGAGGGAAAAACAUUUACUCACAUACUAGAUAUCUAUUGAUAAAUUCCAAUAAAAUACCUGAUAAUAUAACAAAUAACAGACCACUACGACUACUACUACAAAUUAUAAAUGUGUUCAUUUGACACAGAGAAAGGGUUGUCUUGCUUUAAAAAAAAUGAUUGGACUUGGCAUGAAGCAGAGUUAUUGUUAUAAGAAAAGAUAUACAUUUAUAUGUCCCACAGUGGGGAAAUUUUAAAAUCACCAUGAAGUUUCAUAUAACGGUGUGCAAUGACGUUUUGUCCCCUUUUACACCAUAGCAAUUUGUUGAUUAUUACUUAAUCAUAUUAUAUUUAAAUUUGUGGUUUAUUUAGGCAACAAAUCCGUUCUUAUAGUAAUGACAAUUAUACAAAUACAGAAAAUACUGUAACUUAAUAAAUGGAUUGUGUGAAGCAUUGAUAAUGGAAGUCCCUGUACAUGGCUUGUGACUAUAGAAAAAAAAAAGUUUUACAACAAUGCCAGCUGAAUGCCAGUGUAAUUUGAUUUAGCUUCUGUUUGAAGAAUCCUUGACCUGACCUGGUUAAUCUAAAGUUUGCCAUGAGGUUGCUGUGGAAGGAUGCACACAGAUAGCCGCUAGGGUAAUUGCCAGUGUUCUCACUGGGAAAGAGUAGUGAAUGCUAUAAUACUAUAAAGUGAAUAACUUCACCUGGAUAUUACAGAUUAAAAGAUAAUACCCUACUAAAAUCAACAGCGGCCUUAGUGUUUAGAGGGAAGAUCUUCGCAACACACUUCGCACUGCUUGACACUAUACUGAGCAGCUGUAGAAAAGUCAUGAGUUAUAAUCUCAGUUCAGCUUUGAACUCAGUUUCUUCCUUGUGUUGUCUACCUUCUUGACACCAUAUGUAUAUGGAAAUCUGUCA